UUGGGAGGAUUUGCAGGUGUGCGAUGACGCGACUGAGGAUACUUCCGGGAAAAGCUCCGCAUGUCCAGGAGAGUUUUCAUGGAGAUCAGGGAAGCCUGUGCACCUCAUUUACAACGAGAGGUCAUGUUCUACAGGGAGCUGCUUCAGCCAGAGCUGAUCGUCGCCUACGCACUGUAUAGGUGGGCUACAGGAGAGACAUACGACAACAGCACAUCAUCUUUCAGCGUAGACAGAGCUUCCAGACUUAUCGCCGUGCGCGAUGUGACAUCCGCUCUGUUGAGGGUCUACGCGGACAAGAUAUCCUGGCCGACGGGGGUGUGGAAACACGUCGUGCUCCGGGCAUUUCUGGAGAAGGGCUUUCCCAAUGGCCAGGGCGCGGUUGACUACACACACAUCUACGUGGACAAAGCGGCGAACGCGCCCGACGAUAACUACUUCAACCGCAAGCACCGUUUCUCCGUCAUUGCGCAGGUGGUGGUGGACCUGGAUCUGCGCGUUCUUGACGCGUGCGUUGGAUAUCAGGGGAGUUGCCACGACAUCAGGGUGUUCCAGCUGUCAAGUCUGUCGAGGUGCGCGGAAGAGGGAAUGCUGUUUCGUGGGCCACCUGUCACGCUGCCGGGCGGGGUGAGGACAAACGGAUACAUCUUGGGCGACAACGGGUAUCCUCCUUCUGAAUGGGUAGUGGUGUCGUACGGAGGAAUCGAUCAGCACCCCGACGAGGAAAGGCUCGACACGAACCAGAAGGUCGCAAGAGGGGCUGUGGAGAGGUCGUUUGGGAGGUUGAAGGGGAUGUGGAGGUUGUUCCUGCGGAUGCACAGGACAAACCUCGACACUCUACCGCAGCAGUUCAGGCCGUCUGCAUUCUCCACAACAUUCUCCUGGAUGCUGGUAUCGAGUUUGACGAGAAUCUGUUGUGGGAGGUCGACGAGAACGGGGUGCGGCGCCGACUGGAUCUGGGGAUUCAUCGUCCCUCGCAGCCAGUUACCAUGUCGACUUCCACGGACGAGGCAUUCGUGCUCUUCAACCCUCUGGCGGAGCGAAUGAGACUUGUGUGAUCCGUGAUACCGCCUGCCUCUCUCUCGUGUAGAAGACUUUCUUGAUGUUGUGUUCCACUGUCGUCGCUUCAGAGCGCUUGCGUC